AAAAAAGAUUUUAGUUUAGAUGUUUAAUUAUUUAUUAUAAUGAAUCUCUAUAUAUUUUUACUCAUACUGGGUGCAGUGACAUGUAUAAGUGCUCAGGGGGUGUAUAAACAACGUUUUUUGGAGCAGUACAACAAGAUGCACAACCCAUCUAAUGGAUACUUCUCUUCAAAAGGCAUCCCCUACCAUGCAGUUGAAACUCUAGUAGUGGAAUCUUCAGACUAUGGUCAUGAAACAACAUCGGAAGCACACAGUUACUACAUUUGGUUGGAAUCAAUGUAUGGAGGCAUCACUAAUGAUUUCUCAAAAUUCAACGAAGCUUGGGAGAUCAUGGAGAAGUACAUCAUACCAGUACACGCCAGUCAACCAAACACCAACCUUUACAAUGCUAGUCAUCCUUCUGGGUAUGGACCUGGAGGGAACGUACCUGAAGAUUACCCCAUAGGUCCUGUUACCCCACCAGCACCAGUUGGAGUAGAUCCUUUGUACCAAGAACUCGUCGAUACAUACGGUACUUCAGAUAUAUAUGCCAUGCACUGGUUGACAGAUGUGGAUAACGUUUAUGGAUUUGGUAAUUCUCCAGGGAAUUGCCAAUUAGGACCUGAUGAGCCUGGACCAUCUUUUAUUAACACUUACCAGCGGGGUCCGAGGGAGAACGCUUUUAAAACCAUUCCUCAACCAACUUGUGAUAACUUUAAAUACGGCGGUAAACUCGGUUUUGGCGAUUUAUUUUCUGCAGGAGAUCAUUCUCCCAACUGGAAGUACUCAGUAGCACCUGACGCAGACGCUAGGGCUAUCCAAGCUGCUUUUUGGGCUUCCAGAUGGGCUACAGCUAGUGGACAACUAUCUCAAAUAACAGACACACUAGCAAAAGCCAGCAAACUGGGUGACUACAUCCGUUACUCUUUCUUCGACAAGUACUUCAAACGCAUUGGCAACUGCAUAGAUCCGUAUAAAUGCCCGGGCGGUACCGGCAAAGACGACAGCGCUCAUUACCUCCUCGGCUGGUUUUUCGGUUGGGGUGGUUCCAUAGCCACUGAAUACGGUUAUUCUUGGAGAAUAUCAGAAGGAGUCGCCCAUUUCGGUUACCAGAAUCCAAUGGCAGCUUACGCUUUGAUCAACGAACCAAAUAUGACGCCCAAAUCGCCCACCGCUGUUGAAGACUGGAAAAAAUCUCUCGACAGGCAAUUAGAAUUGUAUGAGUACCUGCAAUCUGUUGAAGGCGCUUUCGCAGGUGGUGUCAAUAACAACUGGAACGAUAGAUACGAAGAACCUCCAGCUGAGUUGAAGGAAAAUACUUUCCACGGGAUGUGGUAUGAUUGGGAACCAGUUGCUUACAAUCCGCCAUCAAACCAAUGGUUUGGUAUGCAGCCUUGGUCUACAGACCGUCUAGCCCAGUACUACUAUGUAACCGGCGAUGAGAAAGUUAAAAGCAUUCUAGAUAAAUGGGUAGCGUGGAUAAUAAAAGAAACCACUGUUACAGAAACUGGAUAUCAAAUGCCCAGCACUCUAGAUUGGGAAGGUACACCUCCAAACGUUCACUGCAAAAUUCGUUACUAUGGCAACGGUGUUGGACCAGCUGCUGCAACAGCUAGAACCUUAUCUUACUACGCAGCCAGAUCCAACAACCAAGAAGCUAAAAACCUUGCUAAAAAUUUGCUAGACACCAUGUGGAAUAACUACAAAGAUGAUUUAGGUGUGGCAGUUGAAGAACAACCGGACUAUUCUUUUAACGAGACAGUUUAUGUACCAGACGGUUGGACCGGGAUGUAUCCAAACGGUGACGUCAUUGAUAGCUCGGCUACUUUUGUCGGUAUUAGAUCGUUUUAUAAAAAGGAUCCUCAAUGGUAUAAGAUCGAAAAUUAUUUAAAUGGUGGACCAGCUCCUAAGUUUACUUACCACAGAUUUUGGGAUCAGACUGACGUUGCUUUAGCUAUGGGAACUUAUGGAUUGUUAUUCGAUGAAUAAAUUUGAUAUUUAAAAAACUGUUUUAUUUAAUAAAUAAAAUGCUUUCUUAUGUUUUCA